UUUUUUUCUUAAAAAUUUAUUUUAUUUAUUUAAUUAUGAAUAUUCUUAGAAAAUAUGAUGAUUUUAUUUUAAAUAAUGCUUCACAAAUAAGUUCUAUCGAAAGUUCUUUAAGAACUUUAACUUAUGUUUUGCCGGGACGUUUUGCUGAUGCCGAGUUUGCUUCUGAAGCGCUCUUUGCAGCUUUGAAUUUGAUUGGAUUAUAUCAUGAUUCGAUAUUAGUUCGAGCCGCAGAAAAUUUAGAACCUUCAAAAAAACCAAUUCCCUCACCACAUAAUAGAUAUACGAGGUAUUGGAUUAAUUCAUCAAAAACGUAUCAAAGAGCAUCGUUUGCAUUAACAUUUUUGCAAUAUACUGAUGUGUUAAUGGAAAUGGGAAUACAAAAGAAAUGGGGUAAACAAGUUAAAUGGAAAUUGAUCAUUAUGGUUGAAUUAAUAAAAGCCAUUUGUAGAAUUAUACUUCUUUAUAAAACACAAGAACGUACAAUUGUCAAUCCAGCUAUACCAAGAAGAGAAAUCGAUCCAUCAAUUUUUAAUCAAGAAAAUUUUUCUUCAAAUAGUAGAACGUGGAUAGGACAGCGCACAGGAUGUAGACGAGAUAAUUUAUCUUCAGUAUCCUCAAUUCAUCAAAAUUCCAAUUCUAAUAAUAAUUAUUAUACAUCGUCUUGUGAUAUAAAUAAUUAUCUAAUGAAUAAAGUUUUAUAUGUUGAGGAUAUUAAAAACCCGUCCGAAUUAGUACAUAGGUUACAUGGAAUAGGAAAAUUGGCAGAAUUAUUGUAUAUUUUAAGACCUCUUAUCUAUGUUCUGGCGUUACAAAAAUAUGGAAAUCGUUCAUGGAAACCUUGGUCAUUUUCAAUUUUUAUUGAAUUAUCAACAAUAGUUCUUUAUAAAUAUUUCUACAAGAAACAUAUGUCAGGAGGUUAUAGAUGGCUAUCUACCUUAGAAAAAGAAGAAGAGAGAAGACGUUUCCGUUUUUUAUUUUUCUAUUUUUUAAGAGGUCCUUUAUAUGAAAAAUUUACGAGGACCAAGAUCAACAAUUUUUGUCAUUCCGUUAGCAAUAAACCUAUUUUAUCACUGUUUGGAGGUAUUCUAAGAGAUUAUCAACCAUUAUGGGAAAAUGUUUAUUUCUACACCUCCUCAUCAUAAAAGGUAGUUUUGUGUUUGUGUAACAUGUUAGAUCUAUAAUGAAGUACAUUUAGUAAGUCAUUAAGUCGUAUAAGUUGUGUAAACAAAUAAAAAUUGUAUUUUAUGUAAUAAUACACUUAUUACAAUAAUAUUAAAAUAACUCCUCACGGUUAAUAUAACAAAUUUAAUAUAAGUUAUAUAAGUUGAACGUUUACCGUUCUGUCUAUAAUAUAAUUGUUUUUGAAUUAAAUCUAAAUUAUUAAAUUGAAAGUGAAUAUUGA